AUGAGUUUUAAAGCGAACAGUUCAUAUCCAGAUUCAAUUCCUCCCGCCGACACACCAUACUCGUCAAACCAUUAUCGACACGGCUUGCAGAAUAACAUUCCAAUGGCGACGAAUAGCGAGCAACAGCAGCAACAGCAGCAGCAACAGCAGCAACAACAGCAACAACAGCAACAGUGGAGAGAUCAGGUUAUAUCAGAUAGUCCAGGUUUCAGAGAAAGGACGAACAGUAAGAAAGCGCUUAAUCAAUACAUAUUCGAUUUCCUUUCGAAAUCAUCUUUAAAAAACACAGCUGCUGCGUUUGCCCAGGAUGCGCAACUAAACAGAGAUACGAAUGACGAACAAUUGGGCAGGAACAAUUAUAAAGACAAAACACCCGGCCAAAGUCCGAUGCUAGAGGUAGUAGACGCGCCCCAAGGCUUUUUGUUUGAAUGGUGGCAGAUUUUCUGGGAUAUUUUCAAUACUAGCUCUUCCAGGGGUGGUUCAGAGUCUGCUCAGCAAUACUACCAGCUUGUUCUCCAGGAACAAAGACAGGAACAAAUCUACAGAAGCUUGGCUGUCCAUGCGGCAAGAUUACAACACGACGCAGAACGAAGAGGAGAAUAUAUUAACGAAGAGGUAGAUCCCAUGCACUUGGCCGCAAUGAUGCUGGGGAACUCCAUGUCUCCUGCAGCUUCAAUGCAGAAUGUUAAUGUCAAUCCUAUGCCGAUUCCAAUGGUGGGCAAUCCUAUCGUCAAUAGUUUUCCGAUUCCGCCAUACAGCAAUACAAAUCUUGCAACUGGAGCAACAACGGUGACUGCAGCCGCACCGCCUUCCAGUGAUUUUUCUAACACAGCAUCAAUCCAGAAUCGAAACCAAAACGUUACUGGCUGGCCAGUUUAUAACUAUCCAAUGCAACCCUCGACAGAGAAUUCAGCGGGGAUUCCGUGUAACAAUAAUACCACAAAUACCACAAGUAAUAACAAAUCUCCGGUGAACCUACCUAAAAACUUAAAAAAUAUGCAUUCGUCAUCAACUGAUAAACCCAUUAAUGUGGCAAUGCCAAAAUCCACAAGAAGCAGGUCCGCGACUUCCAAAGCUAAGGGGAAAACAACAAAUGGCACAGGCACUAGAAAGAGACGAAAGAUUACUGCAACAGCAGUUUCUGCAGGAUCUGCAAACGCUGCGUCGCCGAAUAUUACCACGCCAGGCUCCACAACAAGCGAGCCUGCUAUGGUAAAUUCAAGACUUAAUAAGACUCCAAAAUCCGACAUGGCUGCUACUCACCGCAACCAGGCUAUGGUAUUUGGAGAUGAAGACGCGUACUCGAAUAAGAAAGUCAGCCCCUUAAUGAGUGCUGUCUCUCCUUCUACCAUAGUCGCCAAGCAACCAGCAAAAGCAAGGAAAAAUACAAAAAAGGCAUCGACGUCGGCAUUCUCAGUAGAAUCGACCCAGUCAACAAAUAAGAGCAAUAGCAAUAACGGAAUCUCAGGUAAAAAGCGCAGUCCUCCUAAUAGUAGAGUUUCAAGAAGGAAAUCUACCCCGUCCGUUACUUUAAAUGACAAUACUGCCAAAGACGCAAACGAUAUGUUCAGGACGCGUUCGAAUAACACUACCCCAAACAUUCAUUCGGCUCCACCAAGUAGAAGCACAAAUCCCCUACCUUUUUCUAAUGUAAAUCUAGGAAGUUUUAACAAGCCGGCUGUAUCCAGUCCAUUAUCAUCGGUCACCGAGUCCUGUUUUGAUCCAGACAAUGGGAAAAUUGUGACGAAAGGUGGGCCCAAAAGAGCAGUGAACUCGAAAGUCUCAGCAUCAUCUCCUUUAAACAUAUCAACGUCUCCAUCUGGUGAUGCUCAAAAGCAAAGAAAUUCUAAGCCAACAGGAAGUGCGGUCAUAAAGCCUCCGCAAGGGUUCUCAACUACUAACUUGAAUAUUACAUUAAAGAGCUCAAUAAUAAUCCCAUCACAGAACAAUAUUAUACCACAAGAAUUGCCGACUGCAAACUCUCUGGAAGCACAGAUGGCUAAGGAUCUAAGGAGCAAUAAAGGUAGUCAUAAUGCUUUUACUCCAGAGGGGACAAAGACACCAAAUAACACUAAUCAAGUAUGUGAGUUUGAGAACGUCAAAAAUCCGAAUCCUUUGAUGCUUCCAAAUCAGAUAUUCACGUCAACUAAUGGGACACCAAAUGAAAAUUCGAACCUUGUUAAUACCACAUCUUCAAAUAAAGGUAACAGUGAUAGUGCAUCGGUUCAGCCUGCAUCCAAUAUCGGUACAACUUUGGGGCCUCACCAAGCCAGUACUACUGAACACCAAAAUUCACAGCCUCAAGAGAUGAAACUCGGUAAUAUUGGUAUAGGGGAAGGUCAAGGAACGGAUUUCGGUCUAAACUUACUGGACACAAAUGAAAAUGACUUUAAUUUCAUCAAUUGGGAAGGUUGA